AUGCCUCUAAAUACCCCAAAGUUCUUACUGACUUUCCCCGGUGCCCGAAAGCGAGCGCUCGGGGAAGGGGACGCUGAUGAUGAGACCCAUCAGAACAAGAAGCGAUACAUCCGUGCAAAGGAUACCGACCGUGAAGAUACACCGGACUCUGACUUCAAGGCACGCUUCAGUGAUACAAGUGAUGAUGAAGAUGCUGAGGAGGCCGAUGAUGAGCCUGAGCAGGGCGAGAUUCUAUGGUCAGAAGACCAUGAAGAAUAUCCUCCAUGCGCAGUCUAUCACCCAGACGUCAAAAAGCUUCAAGCUUGUAUCACAGACUUUGCUGUCAAUGUCACGGAUCAACUCUCGAAAGUCUGUCACGAAGGGGAUGAUAUUGCCAAAUUGCACGCUGAAGCCAUCUCGUGUCAAAGGUUUCCCGAGCUGAAGAAAAUCGUUGUUGCCCUCGUGGGUGACGCUGGUUCAGGGAAAAGCUCAUUGAUCAACUCUAUUCUUGAUGUGCCACACAUCGCCCGAGAGGGUAAUUAUGGUAGCGCAUGCACAUGCGCCAUAACUGAGUUCACGAGCGAAUUUCCUGGGCAGAAGAUGAGAUUUGCCGCUAAAGUCGAGUUUCUCAAUCCCAAGCAGAGACGCAACCUUCUGAAUGAUCAUCUCAAUGAGUACACACACUACCACUUUCGCAAAGAUCCCAAUUGGACGUUCGAGGAGAAGAAAGAGUUCUACGCCCAGGCCCAAUCUGCGGAGGGUACAUUCCUGGAUCUUUUCCGCGGCAAGCCAUCAUUCAACAACCGUGCAGAGCUGAGGUCAUACAUCGCCAUAGCUCACGAGACCGAUACUGGCCUGGAGGUCUCUGCCCAGAUGUGCAUGUGGUGUGAUGAGUUGAUCGCUGCGCAUGCUGCUUCUUCGCUUUUGGUCGUCGAGACCGACCGGGCAAUUCAUCUCCGAAGGGCUCUAAGUCCUUUCUUGACUUCCAGCAAAGUAUCGGAUCGCGAAGCACGCCUAUGGCCGCUCGUCUUCAAGGUCUGCAUCGGCAUCCGAGGUGCUCGGGUUUUGGAAAAUAUGAUCUUCGCCGAUAUGCCAGGUUUGACUGACAUCAGCAGAGUUCGCGUCAAGGCGAGCAAAAACUAUAUGCGAUCCAGCGACCAUCUCUGGAUUGUGGUUCCUAUUACGCGAUGUGUCUCGGACUUGGGUGUGGACUCUAUUCUCUGCGAAUUUGGCGAUCGUUUCAAAGGUCGUCUGGCAAUGAUCUGUACCAAGAUCGACGAUAACAUGAGGUCUGAUUCCUUCAAGGAUCAGUAUCCACACGCUGCGAAGAAAUUGGACAAGAUCGAAAAACACCUGAAAGCAGCUCAAAUGGAAGGCUGUCGACGUGAAGAACGGGAUCUCGCAAACUACCGUCUCAAAUUCAUGGUCAACGAGAGAAGCCAAGAUGUUGCGAACGAGAUUUACCAAAAGAAAUCAGAGUACUUCGAGGAGGGAGACAACGGCCCUGUCUUCUUCGUAUCCAACGAGCACUACAUGUGGCUGAAAGGAUACAGAGAUUCGGGCACUGGUCAAGAUUUGGCGCAACUGGAUGCCGCAAUGACGGGUAUCCCAGACCUCCGCAGAUAUGCUCUUGCGAUUCCUGCUCAAGAUAUGUGGUUGACCAUCAUGGCUCAUAUCCAAUACAAUAGUACUGCUUUUCUGAAGUCCACCGCGAUCUGGGCUGCCAGAACAAACGCAGACCAUGGAGCCGAGUUGAACAGGAUCAAGAAGAAGAGCACAAAGGCAAGUGCGAAUAUAUCGUCGGACAAUGAUCAAUCUGUUUCAACUUAUCUCAGAGCUGUGCAUAGGGACGCUGUGCAGUUGUUGGCUGUUACCAUCCGCAACAACAUCGACGAAAUCGCCCAACCAGGCUACGAUUACUUGCGCAAGAAAGCCCGUGGAUUGCCGUGGAACACUAUCCAGGCAGUUGUAAAACGAGAAGGCACUUUCAAUUCCAGUUCGUAUGGACUCAUUCAAUGGAACGAAAAGCUAAAGCAACCAACCACCGGUUACUUGGCCCAGAAGUGGGUGCAAUUGUUCUCGAAAGAAAGAGCACACAUGGCUGCCAUGGAGAAGAAAAUGAAAAGUGAUUUGGACGCUCUUCAUCGCAGUCUGGCAGAGAUGAUGGAGCUUUACAAUAUCCCUAUGGAAGAGUUUGGUGAUCUGAUCGAUGCUCAAAAGCAUGGCAUCACGCGUGCAGCUCAGAUCUACUCCGACAACAUGGACAAAGAACUCAAGAAUAUCAGACAACUUACCGAGAACGAUAUGCGUUUCGGUUACUUUGCCAAGAUGAUGAGACCGAAGUAUACAGAAGCUCUUGAGAUCAGCGGAAAGGGAUACAGGGAGAUCGUUAUGACGAUGUUCGAAGAUUUCGUCAACCAGAGACACAAAGAUUCUCCGUUCAUCAAAACGGCAGACUUCGCUGCCAACAAAGCCGGCCACCAUGCAACAGUUUCAUGCUGA